AUGAGAGCGGUGGAAAAACUUGGAGAACAAGCAGAAGUUGAAAUUUUAUCAAAUUUACCGUUACAAAUUACUCUUCAUUAUAACGUUUGCUUGGCCCCAUUUUGGGCCACUGGGUUGAUUGUUGGCCUUAUCAGUAAGAUGGAUUAUUUGUCUAUCACUCAUGUGGUUAUACUGUUGACUUUAUUUUUCAUAACAAUUUUAGUUGAGUUUAUUCGGUUAUUUCUUGGGUACUACGGCAAUUUGAAUGAAAAGAUAUCCGCUCUAUCCGGUUUCUGGGUAACAAGUGUAAUUUUGCAAGUACCGAUUGCAGCAUUUUCUGUUUUAAAUAUUAAUAUUCCACUACCUUUAGAGAGAAUUUUGUGUCUCUACCAUGGCGUUUUUUUAUUGAUAGAGAUUAUUGCUGGCUUCCUGAUGAUCCGGAAAAUAUCGCACUACCAAAUGGCUAAAUUCAGAGAGAGAGUGCUCGAAGAAGAAAAACCGAAAAGUAGAAAUGAUUGA